UGGCCAUUUCGGGCAAGAGGAUUCGUAGUAUCUCUCUCGCUCUUACCAUGUUCUUCUUCCUUCCGUUCGUAAUCGAGAAGAGGUCUUAGGGUUUUCGUGAUUUGACAGGAAUUUCCGGUUUUGCCCUUCCCGUCCACCUUCUCUGUUCCCACCGGGAUUUGAAGUCGGUGCUUCGUCGCCGGGUAGCGAAAUUGCCGAGCUGGGUGCUGAUCUCCGGCCGUCAAUUCGGGCAUUCCGCGGCGGGUUUGAGCUGAAUUUCGGUUGCAAUCGAAUGAGGGAAAGUGGGGAGGGAACGGCGGCGUUGAUGAAUUUUGGGGCGGGCGGUGGUGUUCUUCCGUUGCUGAAGACGGGAACAGAGAAGAGCAAAGAUUGUAGCUUUUGAGUUGUGUGAUUUAAUUGCAGACGUAGUUGUAGUCGGAAUGCAAUGUGAUCAGUUGAUUGGAUGAAGCCUGGUUGGCAUCAUGGAUGAGGGGGUGGAUGAUGAAGUAACCGUGCUGGAUGCAGCCAAGGGAGGUCACCUGCAAAGCAAGGAAAGUGAAUAUUCGUGCAAGACUGAAAGUGGCAGUUUGUUGGAAUCACAGGAAAUGGUUACUCCCCGGGAGGCUGAGUACCAUGAGACCGCAUCCGAUGUGUUAGCCAAUAUUCUAGAUGGUAAGGAUGUAAGUAAAAGUUUAAGCUCUUUGGACCCCCUUGAUCGUCCGUCUGUGAAUCCUCACUCAAUGGAUGGUGAUGGUGGUGUGGUCGAGGAGUUAACUGUAAGGAACUAUAAUAAUCUGAGUUCGACUACAGUGGGCACCUCAAAAAGUAGUGGUAGGAUGGGCACUAGGAUAAACCAAUGGCAGCACAUCUAUCAGACAGCAGGAGGAUCGACAAAUUCGAGCUCCCAUGGAUAUCCUGUGAACCGGGAGGGUACUAGUAUCUGGGAGGACAUAGGAGGCACAUCCUUUUCUGAACUAUUGUCUCACAAAUUAUUGAGAGGUGAUAGAAAUGAAACCAUGGAGCAACCACCUCAUUCUGAAAAUAAAGAAACUUUAGGUGGUGUUUUGGCUCAUGGAGGUAUUCGGACAAAAAUUCUAUCGAAGUCAGGAUUCUCAGAGUUUUUUGUGAAGAACACUCUGAAGGGAAAGGGACUCAUAUUCAGAGGCCUACCUACUGAGUCAAAAAGUCCGAAUAAUGUAACUGUGGCUGGUGGUUCCAGGAUGGCUUCUGAUGCAUCACUUCGUUCAAAUCCCUCAAGUGUUGUGCCUUCUACUCAUGGUACCUGUGGGACCAAGAUUGUGUUCAGUUCUGAUCCUGAUGGAGUCAAUCUGAGAGAAUGGCUUAGCGGUGCACACAGAGAUGUAAAUAAAGUGGAGAGAUUAAAUAUUUUUAUGCAAAUUGUGGAUUUGGUGGAUCACUCUCACUCUAAGGGGAUUGCCUUGCAUGACUUACGGCUGUCUCAUUUUACAUUGCUGCCUUCAAAUCGGGUGAAGUAUCUAGGAUCAUCAUUGGGGGGAGAGAUUUCUGGAACUUUUGGAAACAAACAUCUUCCAAGCAACGGUAACCAGAUCAUUGAGAAAAGGGUGCUAGAGCAUGGUUUGGUUCGACCUUAUAGCUCCAGUGCAAAGAAGCAAAAGUUCAAUGAGGGCAUCAAUAAUGGCUGGCAGUGGCCUCAGUUUCAUUCGAGACCUCAUUUAAAAGCUGAAGCUGUGAGUGGGACUGAGAUGAGUGCCAGUGAUGCACAAUACUCAGGCUAUGUUUGCGUUGCAAAGAAGCCGAGUACAGAAUAUGGAUCACAAAUGUCUGGUGACAUUCCUACUUUAAGUGCUGGUGCAGAGUCAUUGACCGCUGCAAGGUACCAGCUGGAAGAGAAGUGGUACAAGAGCCCUGAGGAAGUCGACGAGGGAUCAAGCCAUACACCAUCAAAUAUAUACUGUUUGGGUGUUUUCCUUUUUGAGUUACUCAGUCGCUUCGACUGUGAAAAGGCUCGGAAUGCAGCAAUGAUGGAUCUUCGUCAUAGGAUUCUUCCCCCCAGUUUCUUGUCUGAAAAUCCGAAAGAAGCUGGAUUCUGCUUGUGGCUACUACAUCCUGAUCCUUCUUCACGUCCAACUUGCAGGGAGAUCCUAGAGUCAGAAGUACUUAGUGGGCUUAAGGAGGUUUGCUCGGAAGAAUUGUCAUCUUCUAUAGAGCAAGAUGAUGCAGAGUCCGAAUUACUUCUGCACUUUCUCAUCACCUCAAAAGAGCAUAAGCAGAAAUGUGCCUCUAAGUUGAUAGAAAAUAUAAGUUGCUUGGAAGCAGACAUUGAAGAGAUUGGGAGAAGGCGCCAAGCGAUUGGCCUGGCUGACUCCUUUGAUUCAAAGGACAAUAAGCUUUAUCUUAAGGAGCUUUCAACCCCAGAUGUCGUUCCUCAUCUUUCUCCUGUCAUAAAUCCGGUUGAGUCUAGGUGGAUGGGGAACAUCGGUCAGCUUGAAUCUGCUUAUUUCUCCAUGAGAUCAAGAAUGCAGCUCCCUGAGGCUGAUGCCAUGCGUGCUGAUAAUGAUGUGUUAAAAAAUCAUGAGAAUUGGGGUCCUCCCAAUAACAAUGACGAACGGAAGGAUGGCUCUGAUCAGCAGGGUGCUUUCUUUGAUGGCUUAUGCAAGUAUGCUCGAUAUAGUAAGUUCGCAGUACGUGGUAUACUGAGAAAUGGAGAGUUCAACUCCUCAGCAAAUGUGAUUUGCUCCCUAAGUUUUGACCGGGAUGAGGACUACUUUGCUGCUGCUGGGAUAUCAAAGAAAAUAAAGAUAUUUGAAUUUGAUGCGCUCUUUAAUCACUCCGUUGAUAUCCAUUAUCCAGUGAUUGAGAUGUCAAAUAGGUCAAAGCUAAGCUGCACUUGCUGGAAUAAUUAUAUCCGUAACUACCUCGCUUCAACUGAUUAUGAUGGCGUAGUAAAGUUAUGGGAUGCAAAUACUGGUCAAGGGUUUGCCGAGUUCAGUGAGCAUGAAAAGAGGGCCUGGUCUGUUGACUUUUCACCUGUAUACCCUACAAAGUUAGCAAGCGGAAGUGAUGAUUGUUCAGUGAAACUUUGGAGCAUCAAUGAGAAAAAUUGUUUGGGGACAAUAAGGAGCAUAGCAAAUGUCUGCUGCGUUCAGUUCUCUCCUCAUUCCACUCAUUUGCUGGCAUUUGGGUCUGCUGACUAUAAAACUUACUGUUAUGAUCUUCGGAAUGCGAGAACUCCCUGGUGUGUGUUGGUUGGGCAUGAGAAAGCUGUAAGCUAUGUGAAGUUUUUGGACUCUGAAACCAUUGUAACUGCAUCCACUGACAACACAUUGAAGCUUUGGGAUUUGAACAAAACCUGUUCCAGUGGUCCGUCAAAUAAAGCCUGCAGCUUAACAUUUAGUGGGCAUACGAAUGAGAAGAAUUUUGUGGGUUUGUCUGUUGCCAAUGGUUACAUAACAUGUGGAUCUGAAACAAAUGAGGUUUUCACUUAUUAUAGGUCUCUGCCUAUGCCAAUAACUUCCUACAAGUUUGGUUCAAUUGAUCCUAUUUCUGGGAAGGAAACUGAUGAUGACAAUGGGCAGUUUGUUUCCAGCGUCUGUUGGAGAGGGAAAUCAGACAUGGUUGUAGCUGCUAAUUCAAGUGGCUGCAUAAAAGUCUUGCAGAUGGUUUAGGGUGUAGGGAGACCUGCGAAAAAGACGGCAAUGCUUCAUGUACCGGCUUUGUGCUUGUGAGUCUCCAAAGUUGUAAGCGCAGGCAUUUGUUUAUGGCCAGAGCCUUAAAUCUGCCUUGAGACUCUCUGGUCAUCUUGUCUGAGAACUGAAUGACCCAAAGCUAAUGCAUGUGUUGUCAUGCAGCUAUGAGUUCCUAAUUGUACCAUGUUUGCAGAGGUCAGUUCACACACAAGUACAUUGCCUGAGGAAGCUGAAAAACGCAAGAAAUUUGUCAAUAGAGAUGGUUUUCCCAAUGGAGCUUACGGAGUCGACUGUCCGAAGAGGUGAACUAUCUCAAAAGGCCAUAUAGUUAAAGGGGGUACAUGGUGGACUUGAAGUGGGAGUGGAAGUAAUGCUGGUUGGUUUUUUUUUAUUUUUUUUUUUUUCGGGAGGGGGUGGGGUGGGGGUUUUGGGUUUGGCGUUGUGGUGGGGAGGGGGAGGGAUGAGAUCACAUGCCUGGCUCCGAUGGCAGGCAUUUUAGGAUUCAGGACAUGCGCUUGUUGCCAGGAUGAAGAUUCAUAGUGCUGUCCGACAAGUAUCAGAAGUUUUUCAUUGAGCUGUAUGUAAAUUUUACCGUCAGAAAGAUGAACCUUACCUGAUGUAAAUGUCGCAUAGCUUGCUGUAUAGAAUUAUUUGUUUCAGAUUUUUCUC